AGAACCACUCACACCAAUUCAAACAGGUUGUAGAGAGAAGCAGACAGACAGAGUGGAGGCAGAGACAGACUUCAUCACUGACUCCAGAUCUGAGGACAAACUGAAGAACCACUCACACCAAUUCAAACAGUUCAGUAAUGCCCUUAUCAGCCCCUCCCCUCUUCUCCCUUCCUCUUCUCCUUCUCCUUUCUCAACUGGACUCCGCCCUCACCUGUCGUACUGCCAGCCAAUCCCUYUGUGACUCCGCCCCAUUUGUCCCCGGUCACAACCUGGCAGGGGAGGGGUUUGACGUGGUGACCCUGAAACGUAAAGGGGCCUACCUGAUAGACCUGAAGACCUACCUGUCCCCCAGUAAAACCUGUACACUGUGUAGUAACCCCCUAGAGGGGAACGAGCUGCAGAAAAUUCCCCUGUCUGUUGUAGACUGGAGGCCCUACAGCCACUGUACUGAGGAUAUCUCCAGCCACUCUCAUGCCUCUGUCAGUAACCUGGCACAGUCCACUACCAACGAGAUCUCUACAAAAUGGAAGGGGGGUUUGAGUAAUGAGGCGAAGGUGUCUGUAAGCGUACCUGUGGGACCGGUGAGUGUGAGUGUGGAGAAGGAUGUGGGCGCUAGCAUAGAGAUGGGAGGGUCCCAGUCUGAUGUAGCCAUCUUUGCCACAACCAAGACCAAAGAGGACUGCCACUCUUUCUUCUCACAGAAUCUCCGCUGCCGUCACUACAGUUAUCGCACGCCAAACACUCCAACUCUCAGUGAUGAGUUCCGGAAGGACAUUGAUCGUCUGGGCUCACACUCUAAGACUUCCAAGGCCCAGUACCGCCGGCUCAUAGACACCUAUGGGACUCACUACAUCCGCCAAGUUGACCUGGGAGGCCGGCUGACGAUGACCACAGCAAUACACACCUGUCAGGCCUCACAUAGUGGCCUCUAA